CCGGCUUCCGUAUCAAAAUGUACACAGACGCUUAGUGCUCUGCUGCCAACGUAUCCUCUCAGUGGAUUAGCAUUAGCGUUCAAGAUGUUUUUAAGGAAGCAGCGUGUUAAAUGUUAUUAUUCGCCUUAGUUGUUAUUCUUGUUAAACUCUUCGCAGCGGUCUACGACACACCGAACACCAUUCAGUCUUACUGCUGCUAGUUAGCGACUUAACUUAGCAAGCUAGCUCGCUCCAUUACAGCUGUUCUGUUAUCUGAUGCUAAUUAGUAGCCUUCAGCAAAAUGGAGACAGUGUACACUCAAGGCAUUUGGAUGGCCGAACAUCUACAGUCCCAAACCAGAAAUUAUAAAUCUUUCUGGCUGCUCGUUACUCAUAUGGGAGACCCAAAAGCGGCGUUUCUGCUCGUUUUCCCACCCGUUUUCUACCUGCACAGACGCACCGGGAUCGCCAUCCUCUGGGUGGCUGCAGUAUCAGAGUGGCUUAAUCUCGUUUUUAAAUGGGUCCUGUUUGGUGAAAGGCCUUAUUGGUGGAUAGGUCAGUCGGGUUUAUUUGUGAAAAACAUCCCUUCGGUCCAGCAGUUCCAGUCCACCUGUGAGACGGGACCAGGUAGCCCCUCAGGCCAUGCCAUGGUCACUGCUGCAGUCUGGUGGGUGCUGGCAUCAUCCCUGGGGUCUUUUCUUCAUUCUCGCUCUGGCAGUAAGAUACUGGCUGCCAUACCGUACAUCUUCUACACGCUGCUGUUGGGAGCAGUCGGUCUGUCUCGAGUCUUCAUUUUGGCUCAUUUUCCACAUCAGGUCAUUGCUGGCAUUCUGACAGGUUGUUUUUCAGGCAUGAUGCUGGGAGUGUUUUUAAACCGCACAGUGCCAGAUUGUCGCCCCCUGCUGUUCUUCCUGUGCUCCAGCAUGGCUCUGCUGUUUGGAGCGCUGCUCAUGCACGCUGGGCUGAAGAACGUUGGCAUCGACCUCGCCUGGUCUGUCGCGUUGGCCAAGAGAUGGUGCUCUAAGUCUGAGUGGGUUCGCAUGGACACAAAUCCGUUCUCUUCUCUGAGCCGUGAUGCUGGAGCACUGCUCGGGCUGGGGCUUGCCCAGUUCUGGAAGCCUGGAGGAUGGCCACUUCCCUGGGUCCCGAAGACCCUCUGCAUGGCACUGUCCUCCAUGGCCCUGUACCAUGUGAGCCGGUUUCCUCUGCCUACAGCUCCAGCCCUGCUUUUUUACUCACUAUUUUUCCUCAAAUAUGUCAUAGUGCCCCAGGUAGUGAUGGUGCUGGUACCUGGCCUGGUGCAUCUCCUUACAGCCAAACCAAAGAAGGACUGAGGAUUAUGAGAAGAGACUGACUUUUAACCUCUGUAUGCAGUCAAAAAUGGCCAUUGAAGGUAGUGUAUCAUCAAAUGGCUGCCAGUUAUGUGGAGGAUCAUCACGUUAGGUGUCGUAAGUUAUAAUCCUACAUUCAGACCAAAUUUAUUCUUCAGCAAUUCCUCUGACACCAGUUGAACAGUGAAGCAUUUACAUUUGAGUGAGUCCUGCUUAGACUAGCUUUUUACAUUAUUUAUUCUACAGAUGUGACUACAGAAUCUUCUACAGAAUCUUCCAUACUGAGAAGAUUUUAUUACACACAGAAGGGAAAUUGUUCAGUCUCAUUAAAAAAACAAUGAAAACACUCCAAGUCCAAAAUAGUCCUUUCAUCCAAAACAUUUCAUCAAUCCAUAUCCAUCCACCAGUCUAAACCCUUCCUAGGGUAGAACCAUCCUCAAGUCUGAAACCAUCCAACCAUUUAAAUUGUCCCCUAGUCCAGAAAAACCACACCCAGUCCAAACACUUUCUUAGUUUAAAAACCAUCACUUCCAAAACCUAGCUUCAAGUACAAACCAUUUUACUUAGAGUAUGAAUGUCAUGUAAAUAUCCCAAUCACUCAAGAUUGACAGAUUAAUAUUAAAGGAAAUGUCCAGAGAAAUCGUCUCAUCUUCAGUACUCUCAGUCCUGAGCAGUGAGCAUUUUGCCACUUCUCUGUUUUCAGCAUCGUUUAUCUAUCCAGAGCGAUUACAUGUAUCUUAUUUAUACAGCUGAGCAAUUCAGGGUUAAGGGCCUUGCUCAGGGGCCCAGCAGUGGCAACUUGCUGGUCUUCAGAUUCAAGCUCACAACCUUCUGAUCAGUAGCCCAACACCUUAACCACUGAGCCUUGACUAUGUCCCUGUUUUCUUAGGUAUAAAUACCUAAAUUUGCUUACAUAUACAGUUUGUUGGUCAUCUAUCUUAAUUAGGAAAUACACGUUGUUGGUACAAGGUCAUAGAAUUGCACAGGCUAGUUCAUUUCUAGAAAAUUCUACUCCUGGAUGCCACUGCUAUAGCCCCCUAUCUUAGAGACCAAAGUCAACCUUUCUGAUCAUGAACAUAAUCUGCAGCAGAAAUAAGGAAAAGCCCCCCAGCUCACUGAAAAACAUGCACACAGAAUCGUUGGUGGCUAGCGAUCUAAGGGCCCAUGGUUAAUUCUGCUAGUACUGUGAAUCUGGUCGUCUGAUUGAAAUGAGGACUUGACUGUAAACGGAAUAUUGAACAUUUCGACACUGUAUGCAGUAUUACAUAUAUUCUCAGUUGGAGAUAAAAACCUAAUUGGCUCUUCUGUUCUCCUGACCAAAAUGUACAUCCAAAUCAGCACAUACACCUUUCAGUGCUUUUCAUCAUCUAUAUAUGUUUAGCACCCUUUGACACCGGUAACACAAUGGCACUGCCAUUAACAAUAAUGUGUUACCUAGAGAGAAAAUGAGCCAGACUAAAUGCAACAUCAAGCAUAAUUGCAGAUAGUGGGAGCCUUAUUGUGUGCUCAUAACACAAAGGAAAACUAACGUCAUAGCAGUGGCCUGAUAUAUUAUCGCCAUUUUUGUGGCAGUAACCGGGAGAAUAAAGGCAUUAUUGUAUAAAAAAGGGCCUUUAGUCUGUACAUAAUUGAAAACCAGUGAUGUGAAUUGGUAUCCACAUGCACAAGCAUAGAAAUACAAAGAGCUUUAUAAAAAAGGAGGGUCUCAGAUCCUGUACAAACUAUAAACUUUGUUAAACAAAUAAAUUGUUUUGAAGAAAUUGUUUAAAAAUUUGAUUUAAAAAGUUGCAUUAAAAUAUAACUACACUACAUCCAACAUAUGACACUGCCAUAAAACAUUGUCAACUACAUGGACUGUACUGGAAUUGUCUGUGUCGCAUUUUGUUUUAAUUUUUUCCAAUUUAGGUGUUUCAUGCAAGAGGUCAUUCAUGUAGAAUUUGGCCACUAGCUUGAGUCUUCCUUUUAUUUUUUACUCUCACACCCUCGCACAUGAGCUCAGGACUAAGACCCGAGUAGUUAUAGUAAAAAUAAUCUACCUUUAUUAUUAAACGGUUAACAAUAUUUCAGAUUCAGAGCCUAAAAACUUUCCUGAAUGGAUCUUUCCAAAUAACAUGACAUUGGAGCAGCAUGUAAUAUGACUUGAGAACGUCUAUUAAAGAUCUACUAGGGACUUUUGCUGCACCAGAAUGGUGAAGGUUUAUCUGAAAAAGGUAUACAGGAGAAGUCAGUCUUCCUUCCACUAUUCUCAAGUUACUACUGUUUUAUUGUCAGCUUAAAUAUUGGAGUGAUUUGAUUACUGUAGAUUUUCCUUGUGGUGUGUUUUGCAGUCUAUCUACCUGGUUUGUUUUCUGAAUAUAAUUUUUUUUUAUACAUACAUAGAAGAGCAUUUGAACAUAACAGAUGCUGGUCCUGCACUAGGACCCUUUCAGACGUUGUGUUUGUGGCUUAUGUGUGAUAACAAUGAGGCGGUUAGGUAGGAUGGGACUAAAAAUAAACUGCUUCCCACUGGGUCCAUCUGGCUAUAUGUACUGCUGCUUAUUGUUUACUAGCUAAAACAGCGAGUGAGCUGACGACUGAAGACCUUGACUUCACUCCAAUUAUGGCAAACCUGUCGCAUUGUAUUGGAUCCGUUUUGGGUUUGAACCACUGUGUAGCUUUAACAUUAUGGUAAGGGACUCUGUCUUUUUGGAAGGUCAAAUGUCGAAGUCCAAGGCUUCUUCCAAGCACCAUCUUGACCAUAGAGGCAGAGAAAGCUGGAUCCUUCAACUUUUAAGAGAAAAUAGUGCAAAUCAGGCUGGGGUACAGAUUGUUUACAUGUUUACACCUCUUAUCGUAUGCUUCUGUCCAGAUUCUCUUCGGACGUGACUUCUGCCAAGACUUCCUUUUACAAGCUUGAGGCUUC